AAGGCGCUAUGGGGAUUAGGCGCGACUAGCAGCCUCCACUUGUUGCUGGCCGGCAAUCAAUCUCGAAUCGCAGGGAGAUUGCCCUCUUCUCACGCUUCUCCUGUUGGUCCCGGAGGGUCUCCUGGAGUCCUGGGCAUGUCCUUGCCUGGUUUUUUAUACCAUGUCUCGCCUGCCAUGUCUCACCCGGCCUUUUGGUUCCCUCGUGCCUGCCAGUCCAGCAUCCCCCGCGCUUUCCGUCGUUCAUUGCCUUGCUUUUGAGGGUUUUCAUCCUCCGUCACUCCUUUAGCCCUUAUCAAUCCCACUCGGAUCUUCCUGUGGAAGACUCCAUCCUUUCGUUUCAUACUUCAGACUGUGUCGCUCCUCCAUUCAAGAUGGUUCCCACUUACGCUCAACUGUUCGCCGCGGCUUGCGCCUUUGCGACCACCGCCAAUGCCGUGACCCCCAUUGAGGUCAAGGGCAUGGAUUUUGUCAACAGCAAGACCGGAGACCGCUUCCAGAUCUUGGGUGUCGACUACCAGCCCGGUGGCUCCUCCGGCUUCAGUUCCACCGAAGAUCCCCUGGGCGACGCCGAUGCCUGCUUGCGUGAUGCUGCCCUCAUGCAGAGCCUGGGUGUCAACACCAUCCGUGUGUACAACCUGUCUCCCAACGUCGAUCACAGCAAGUGUGCCUCCGUCUUCAACGGAGCCGGUAUCUACAUGAUCCUCGACGUGAACUCGCCUCUCUCUGGCGGCUCGCUCGACCGCACCGACCCGGAGAGCACCUACAACUCCGUCUAUUUCGAGCAGGUUUUCGGUGUCAUCGAGUCCUUCAAGAACUUCCCCAACACUCUGGGUUUCUUCGCCGGUAACGAGGUGAUCAACGAGCAGAGUGUCUACGAGGCCCCUGCGUACGUUCGUGCCGUCGUGCGUGACAUGAAGGAUUACAUCUCCGCCAACGCGAACCGGUCCAUUCCCGUGGGUUACUCCGCUGCUGAUGUGCGUCCCAUUCUGCUCGACACCCUGGACUAUUUCAUGUGCAACAUGGAGAACUCGACCAGCUCUCGUUCCGAUUUCUUUGGCCUCAACUCGUACUCGUGGUGUGGUGAUUCUUCCUACACUACUUCCGGAUACGACGUCCUGACCGAUGACUUCUCGAAUACCACCUUGCCCGUUUUCUUCUCCGAGUAUGGUUGCAACUCGGUCAUGCCCCGUACCUUCACUGAGGUGCAGGCCCUUUACGGCAAGGAGAUGGACCAGGUCUUCUCCGGUGGUCUGGUCUACGAGUGGACCCAAGAGGCCAACGACUACGGUCUCGUUGCCAUCAACAGCAGCGACACUGCCACUCUGCUCCGCGACUACGAGUACCUGACGGAGCAGUUCGCUAAGGUGGAUAUGACUAGCAUUGAGUCCUCCAACUCGACCCAGACCUCCCAGGAGCCGGUGACCUGCAGCGCCUCCCUGAUCACGAACUCGACCUUCCUGAACUCUUGGGACCUGCCGACCCGCCCCUCCAAGGUUGCGGACUGGAUCAAGAGCGGCUACACCAAUGUCACCGCUGGCACGCUCGUCUCCGUCUCGUCCACCGCCAUCCCCCAGACCAUCUACGACUACAACGGCAACAAGGUCUCGGACGUCAAGUACAAGGUCCUGUCCAGCGACGAGUCCAACACCCCCAACAACUCGACUUCGCUCGUGAGCAGCACCUCGAACUCCAGCUCCAGCUCCGGCUCUGCCUCUGCCUCUGCCUCUGCUUCUGCCUCUGCCUCCGCGUCUGCCUCUGCGUCUAGCUCCGCGGCCAGCUCGGUGAGCGGUGCCACCGCCGGUCACCUGUCUGCUUCCUUCAUGGGUCUGCUGACGGGAGCCACUCUGUUUGCCGUCUUCAUGUUGUAAUUUCACUUGUCUUAGACAUCUUCUCGCUUUACCUUCUGGAUUACCUCUUUUUGAUCGAUUUCAUCCCAUCCUGUUCCCGGCGAACCUGUUCUUGCCCAUUAUGACCAUGACCAUUAUUCCAAGAUUGGUGUUUGUUCCACGUGUAUAGAGUGAGGUCCCUGAAUAGAGCCAAGUGGCAGUGGGCAGUUUGACUCGGGAUAUGAUUUCGAUGACGUCUAAUAAAUUUCUUCGCUGUAUCUGAAUCGUGCUGAUGGAUUUUGCAUGCAGCUCAUGUCGUAAUCAAA